AUGAAAUCGAACGAAUCAAAUACAUCGAAUGGAAACGCGAGCAAAUCGUUAAAAGUUUCCAAUGAUGACUCGACAACAACGGUAAAUUCUUCAGUACCUGAUUCACACACAGCCGAUAUCGUAACUGCUGUACAAUAUGGUUUUCUCGAUCGUGUCACCGAGUUAAUCGAUGCUGAUCCUUCACUUGCGUCGGCACCAUUGAAUGAAAAUAUAACUUUACUUCAUUGGGCUGCAAUCAAUAAUCGAGUCGAAAUCGCCAAAUAUCUUCUUAGCAAAGGAGCGAAAAGCGAUGUUUUCGGUGGAGCAUUGAAAUCAACUCCAUUACAAUGGGCUGUUCGCGAUGGGAAAUUAGAAAUGAUCAUCUUUCUUCUUGCAAACGGAGCAGAUCCUACUGCAGUAGACGGCGAAGGUUUUUCAUGCAUACACUUAGCUAGUAUAUUUGGACACACACCAAUCGUUGCUUACUUGGCAGCUAAAGGUCAAGACAUAAACUUACCUGAUAAAUCUGGAAUGACACCGUUGAUGCAUGCCGCUCAUAAAGCUAAAUUUCGCGAUCCAACUCAACUACUAAUUCGGCUCGGUGCUUCCAUUAACGAACAAAAUUCAAAUAACAAAUAUACUGCUCUGCACUACGCUGUCGCAGGAAAUAAUCCUGAAGCGAUUCGGACACUUCUUGAGUGUAAUGCUAAAACGAAUAUACGCAAUGCUGAUAAUGAAGAUAUUUAUGAGCUUGCAGGCAAAUCUUCACAAACACGUCGUUUGAUAUUUCUUCUUAGCCAGUUAACUUUUUCAAAUAAUGAUCUACCCAAAAUAUUUCAAUUGGACCGAGCUAUUCGCCGUCUGGGAACGAAACUCUUUCCAUAUCUAGUGCUGAUAUUGAUUCCAUUCGUGCUGGAGUUAUCCAUAUGGUUUGUACACAAAGGAAUUAUCAUACUUGGACUUGUUUUCAUGUCAUACGGAUACAUGAUGUUGUUUUUUGAUGAACAUGUUGGAAGAAAUCUACCGAUUGCAGCUGCACAAGCAUCUAUAUUCUGUCUCUACGCAUAUUACCUCUAUUAUUUUCUUCCUUAUGUGCAUGUCGUGUCGUUCUCUUUUAUCGCUCUUGUUAUAUUUACUUAUUUUUCAUGGAGUAAUUACUAUUAUUCACAAAAAUGUGAUCCAGGUUUUAUUCCAAGCAACCGUGAACAUCAGAAUCGCAUGAUUAUUCAAUUAGUAGAGAAGAAUGCGUUUGAUUUCGAAACUUAUUGCACGUGGUGUUUAGCCCGACGACCAUUGAGAUCGAAACAUUGUCGCGAAUGUCGCAGAUGUGUUGCAAAAUUCGAUCAUCAUUGUCCGUGGAUCGAUAAUUGCGUCGGUGAGAAAAACAUGCGCUACUUUACUGGUUUCGUAUUUUUUACACCAAUUUGCCUUGGAUUCUUUUUGCAUGGCGCUUAUCUAUUUUUCAAAAAUCAUUGUCAUAUCUUCGAAUCGGAAUCGUUCUUCCAUGUUUUUUCCUGUGCACCAUCUGCUGUUUGGUUUACAGCACUUGCCUUGCUACACAUCAUUUGGAUUAGCGGACUUUGUCUCACUAUCCUGUUCCAAGUAGCAUUCGGAUUCACAACCAACGAACGGAUUAAUUUCUGGCGGUAUAAAUAUUUCAAGUCACCGUUUUCGAGUCCAUUUUCAUUUGGAUGGGCACAGAACUUAGUUGAUUUAGUUAAUCGUCGGAUUCUUUGGUAUACUCCAACAAAUAUCGAUUGGACAUCGAUUUACUCGUUAGAAGAUUUCUAUGAACUAAUACCUAUAAGAUUAAAGCGAUCAAACAAUUCAUCAAUGCAUUUACUUGAUGUUUAA